AUCCCUGAGUGUCAAACGCAGAAUAUAUUAACUUCUUAAAAAGGAAAUACUGAUAAUGAAAAGCAAAAGACUUCUUGAUUUCAUCUAGAGGCUACAUCUAAGCUUUGGAGGAGAAGUGUUUUGUGCUAAAUUAGCCUAUCAUAGGAUCCACAGUUUAGUUCAUGAAAUUACUAUAGACGGGUGCUUGUGAAGAUGGCGUUCCACUUGGAGGGGCUGAUCGCUAUUAUCCUGUUCUAUCUGGCAAUUCUUUUCGUGGGUAUCUGGGCUGCUUGGAGAACCAAAAACUCGCGUUACGAUGGAGACCCCCGCGAAGGAAUUAUCGUGGGUGGAAGAGACAUAGGGCUGCUCGUGGGUGCAUUUACAAUGACUGCAACAUGGGUUGGUGGCGGAUAUAUCAAUGGGACAGCAGAAGCUGUGUAUGUUUCAGAUCAUGGCCUGGCUUGGGCCCAGGCACCAAUUGGCUAUGCUCUUAGUCUUAUUGUAGGUGGUUUAUUUUUUGCCAAGCCCAUGAGGUCCAAAGGCUACAUAACCAUGCUGGAUCCGUUCCAGCAGAUCUAUGGAAAACGUAUGGGAGGAUUGUUAUUUAUACCUGCUCUUAUGGGGGAGAUGUUUUGGGCAGCUGCAAUACUCUCUGCUUUAGGAGCCACCAUAAGUGUGAUCAUUGAUAUUGACAUCAAUAUUUCAGUGGUAGUGUCUGCUUUGAUUGCCACUUUUUAUACACUUGUUGGAGGACUUUAUUCUGUAGCCUACACUGAUGUUGUUCAACUAUUCUGCAUCUUCCUUGGAUUGUGGAUCAGUGUUCCAUUUGCUAUGAGACAUGUCGCUGUCACAGACAUAGUGGUAACAGCCACUGAAUACGUCUACCAGGAGCCAUGGUUAGGCGUUAUAAAGACUGAUGAUGUGUGGUCUUGGAUUGACAGUUUCUUGUUACUGAUGCUGGGAGGUAUUCCAUGGCAGGCUUACUUUCAGAGAGUCCUUUCUGCUUCCUCUGCUACAUAUGCCCAAGUACUCUCCUUGCUGGCUGCCUUUGGAUGUUUACUAAUGGCUGUGCCCUCAAUACUCAUUGGAGCUAUAGGAGCUUCCACAGAUUGGAACCAGACAGCAUAUGGCUUACCUGACCCACAGACCAGAAAUGAAACAGAUAUGAUUCUACCAAUUGUACUCCAGUACCUUUGCCCUGCCUACAUUUCCUUUUUUGGUCUCGGUGCUGUGUCUGCCGCAGUGAUGUCAUCAGCAGAUUCAUCCAUCUUAUCAGCAAGCUCCAUGUUUGCCAGGAAUAUCUAUCAACUUUCUUUUAGGCAGAACGCAUCCGAGAUGGAAAUUGUCUGGGUUAUGAGGGUCACAGUGUUUGUAUUUGGUGCAGCGGCUACAGCUAUGGCUUUACUGGCAAAGUCUGUGUAUGGACUCUGGUACCUCAGCUCUGACCUUGUCUACAUCAUAAUUUUCCCCCAGCUGCUCUGUGUCUUGUUUAUUAAAGGAACUAACACGUAUGGCUCCAUCGUGGGAUAUGUGUUUGGACUCUUUCUCAGAAUCAGUGGAGGAGAGCCAUAUCUCUACCUCCAGGCCUUAAUCUGCUACCCUGGCUGUUACACUGAUAAGUAUAACAUUUACCAGCAAAGGUUCCCAUUUAAAACUCUCUCAAUGUUGGCCUCCUUUGUUGCAAACAUAAGUGUGUCUUACUUAGUCAAGUACUUGUUUGAGACAGGGAGAAUAUCACCCAAGUUUGAUUUCCUGAAUGCUGUGAUAGCCAAGCACAGUGAAGAAAACAUGGACAAGACAACUCUAGUGAAGAGUGACAAUAUCAUUUUAUCUGAGUUAGCUCCUGUUAAGCCAAGACACAGUGUAACUCUUCCUACCACAUUUAUCAAUAAGGAGGCAAUCAGUGACUUGGACUCCAGCCCUGAGUCUCCAGAUAUAGAAGACAGGAAGUAAAAUAGCCAUCACAACAUCGCUGCUCUUGUAUUAAAACAAACUCUAAAUACUGGCAUAAGGGUAAGCUGCAUUUUUGUCACAAUACACAUCUUUACAGUGCCAAUGCCAUUGCACUACUCCAAA